AUGUGCUUCAGGGAGGAAGCGAACGCCAUCAUGGGCCCGCGCAGCUAUUCCGGAUUUUGCGAUAGAGGAACUCGGCGCGGAGCCGAUAUGGCCGAGCAAGCGGAUAGAAAGCUUUCUCCGUUCAUAACUUGCCGCUCGCCGUCUCCGCCUCCUCUCGAGGCUCCUUCUCCGUCUCUCUCGUCUUCCGCGGUUGGACUCUACCCGUUCAAGGAGAUCGAAAGCAAGUGGUCCAGAUACUAUGCGGAGAACGCUGGAGACUUCUCCCCCCCUCUACCGGGGCAAGGAGAUGCGGAACAGUCGCGUCGUGUAUCCGAUGCUAGGUUACCCACGCUAGAGGCUCGCCCAUUCGCAGGGCUCCCGUCGCCAGACGAGAAAGGCACCCAGCCGAGUUCGACCGAGGCGUUUCCCAGCUUCCAAGAGAGGCGCAAGUUCUACAUUCUCUCCAUGAUCCCCUAUCCUUCCGGGGAAGGACUGCAUGUUGGGCACAGCCUCACCUACACUAUAGCCGACGUUGUCGCGAGGUACCAGCGUCUUCGCCUUCGCGGAGAGCUUGUGAAAUCAAGAGAGAAGACCGACCAGAGUCGGUGUGCCGCUGCCACACGCAAUAACAUUUCUGUACUCCCGAGUGCGGCGGCACGUGCUACAAACGGUGUAGGUUCAGGACACCAGCCGGCGGAGUCGCCUCUGACCGAGUUGAGCGGGAGUCUGGAGAGCACCUCGCAUCAGGAGACCCGAUCUGCACAUGAAUCUCGGGCGCAGCCUUUCAGGCCAGUCCGUACGUCCAUUCGCGACGCUCUUGACCAAGGCGUGAAACAGGAAGCCCACGUUACAUGUGCAGCGGAAAAUGCACCAGGCGAGGAAGCACCGGCGGCGGUCCCAGAGUGCGCCUCGCGAGCGCGAGAAACUCCUCCUCAUCCAGACGUCUUGCAUGUUAUGGGGUGGGAUUCUUUCGGACUCCCAGCAGAACAACACGCAGUGGCUUCUGGAAUUUCUCCGUGUUUGUCUGUUCGGCGGAACAUCGACCGUUUUCGCCAGCAGCUGCAAAGACUGGGCGUCUGCGUCGAUUGGCGACGGGAAGUCAACACCAGCAGUCCUGAGUUUUAUCGCUGGACUCAGUGGAUCGUCGUGCAGAUGAUGAAGCGGGGGCUCGUAUACGAAAAGCUUGCGAAUGUCAACUGGUGUGAAGACCUCGGCACUGUGUUAGCCAAUGAGGAGGUGAUUGACGGUUUCAGCGAACGAGGCGGCUUCCCCGUAACCUCUCGCAUGCUGCGACAGUGGCACCUUCGGAUCACGGCGUAUGCAGAUCAGCUCCUAGCAGGCCUCGAGACGCUUGACUGGCCAGCCGACGUCAAACGUAUGCAGCGCAACUGGAUUGGCCGCCGGGAUGUGCUGCUGCUAGAUCUCGCUGUUUCGGAUUGCCGUGAUGGGGUGAAAGCGCGCAAUGAGACACACAGACACGGACAGGAACGCUCCGGCUUUAAGGGCAACUGUGUGGGGUCCGCCGUAGUUCCAAAGCGCCUCCGAUGUGUGGCGACCUCCCCCGAGUUAAUUUUUGGGGUCACGUUCGUCGUGAUUCAUAGUUCUCAUCCGGCAGCCAGUGUUCUUGCCCGAACCCCCUCGUCUAGGGACUGCUCCACAAAGAAGGCUACCGGUGGGAAAAUGGUGUCGGGCAAAGAAGAACUCUCUGAAGGCUACUUUGCCGGUGUGGAGGUUGAUCAUCCCCUUAUCCCAGCAAAGAAACUUCCCGUGUGGAUAAGCGACAGCCUUUUCACUCAGCUGCAUGGCUUCGGAGGCUUAUACAAUGAGAUGGAUGCUCUACUGGUGGCUCCAGAGAGUGAACCCAGGGCGCGCGAAUUCGCCCAACAAAGGGGAAUAGAUGUCGCGCAUAUCCUUGACGUGAAUGGAGAAACUAAGAAGAGUUUUCAAGUUGAUAAACCAUCGGAGGUGAAGAGAUUUGAAGUGGACCAGAGAACAAGCAAAGGUGGUGAACCUAAUGAAAAUGCGGGUGGGGAUGUGAGCCCGAACUCGGGGGCUUCAGGCGAACAAGACACAGGAUACUCUGGCGAAGGUAUUGAAAGCUCUCGUGCCGCGCACAUAGCCGAGGGAUACGGAAGAGUGGAGCCGCCACCAUCCUGUUCCUCAAAUUUUUUAGAAGCAAAGUUGGUGAACUCGUCAGCUGAAGGAAUCCUUUCUCUCAACGGCAAGAACCUGGGAUGUGCAAGACAGGAGGUCAUUCGUUUCUUCACUGAGAAGCACAAACGAGGCUGUCGGGAAGUGAGGUUUUGGCAUAAAGUUCUCCGUGAUCUGGGCCGGGUAGCCUGCGACGAGCCGUUCCAACACCUGGUCACCCCCGGUGUCAUCCUUGGAUCGCCAAAGUACUUCAUGUUUAAACGGCAAGACACGGGAGAGAUCGUGUCUUCGGAAACGGUAGAGCUCAUGGACAAGGCGAAUUUAACUCGGGAACAAAGUGAAUCUGGCGCACUGGCAGCGCCAGGCGGAAGCUCAACUAAAUCACGAAAGAGAUUCCAUUUGCCUUCCCAGGCACCCGGUGCUUCUCAGGAGAUGCUUAUCGGCGUGCACACUCCGUCUGGACAGCCUGUGUAUGGAGUAGAGGUGCCGGCGAGUGCUGUAGAUGUGAGUCCGAAGGGGGUGUCUGUUCUCAAGAAUAAUGCAGACGUUAAGUUACACCGUCGGCAUGAGAAGAUGUCAAAGUCGCGAGGGAACGUCGUAUCGCCCGACACCGUUAUUGACAUAUACGGAGCUGAUUCACUCCGACUGUACCUUCUGUUCAUGGGUCCUCUUGAAGCACGGAAAAACUGGAAUACUUCAGGCGUGGUCGGGGCCUUCCGCUUUCUGAACAGAGUGUGGAAUCUUCUUGUGUCUGACGAGGAUUCUUCGCUGGAGAAGGAAGGAAAUUGCUGCUCGACAGGUACGGCAACCGCGGACAAUUCCAUGCCAAGCGAUUCUACAGGAGGCACUUCGAAGAAGCUGAAAUUGAGAAAUUCUCCUCCGUCCUCUUUUGAGCGCGAGCUCAUGAAAUCGUUGGUGGGCCGAGUCACUGCCGACAUUGAACGGAUGUCACUCAAUACCGCUAUUGCAGCCCUCAUGGCCCACGUUCGGAAAUUGACUGCCUGGGCAGCGACAGGAAACCAGCUGUCAGUAGGUACCGCCAUUGGGUUAGUCAGGUUGCUUCAUCCGUUUGCCCCGUUUGUGACAGAGGAGCUAUGGCAGAUGAUCCACUCAUCGUUCCAAGAUGCCUCUCCAUAUUCCUCUGCGCCGUCUCUCCUCGCCUCAGCGACGUGGCCGACACCCGCACAGGAGACGGGUCAACAACGCCCGCGAAGCGGCCAGGUGACUGCAAGUGAAAGUGCAGUUGAGUCAAUCAAUUUCUCGAUCCACGUGGAUGGAAAGCUACAGGGUACUGUACAAGUGCCGCGAAACUCGGUUCAUGACGAGGAAAAGGUGUCGGCUUUAGCCAAGCGUUGCCCAUGCCUGAAAAAGUGGGAGAUCCUACAGAAGUCAGGGGAGAGAGGAUUUGCAAAGACAGUGUUUAUCCCAGCUCGACGCAUCAUCAACUUCGUGACUUAG